AUGGGACAGAUGAGUAAGAAGGUUGAUUUCUCGUUGGGGAUGAGUGGGAUUAGUAGUGGGGCGGAUAUGGGGGAUAUUUAUGAUAAGCCGAAGGUGCGCGUCCCUGUGUCGUUCCGCGAAGCUGAAGCGGAAGAUGAGGAAGAGAAGGAGGGGGGGAGGAGAAGUGGUGGCGGUGGUGGGGAUGGAGCGAGUCUUGGGAGGACGGGGAGUAGAGAGAGUGGGAGUGUGAGGAGUAGGAGUAAGGAGGGGGGGUUGUUUGGGAGGAGGAGUAAGGAGGCGGUGUCGCCGGGGGAUUUGGAGGCACAGGUUGGCAGGAGUGGAGUGCAGAUGAGUGAGCUUGCUGGGGCGGGCGAGGGGUAA